CGGUGCAUAACUUCUCUUUCCCUGCGCAGUCAGUCUCCCUUAUCUUACGGGCCUUAUCUCCAAAUUGCAUCUUCAUUCUUGAGGUUCCGCGUUUCUCAUUUUCUCCAGCCAGAAUUAAUCAAGAUUCACAGACGCCCCAGAAACCUCGACCUCUCAUCCCCGAUCCCAUUUCCCCACCUCGAAAAAUACAAACCGACAUUCUUGCAUCAGGUCAAAGAUUUUUUCAAGUGUUAAUGUCGAAGAAGAAGGCAUCCAAGGCCCAAGUGGAGAAGCCACUGCAGACGCUGGUCGACGAUACCGCGAAACCCAAUCAACAGGUGCCGCCGUCAUCCAUGGCGUCCGAGGCUUCGAAGAAGAUCGAUAGCCUCAAAUCUCUGAACGAUAGCCUCAAAUCUCUGAACGAAAGACUGCUUAAGGAGACGGCCGACCGCCGCAAGCAGUUGGAGUCGCUCGCUCUGUCAAAGUCUACGCUGGAAACGGAGCUGGUCCGGUCUAACUCGGAGAGGGACGCGCUGAAGUUAGAGCUGACUCGGUUGGGCGAGAGUGUUGCGCGGAUGGAACUCGAGAGGACUGUGGUGGCUGAUUUUAUGUCUUCGCAGGUGGAUUUGAAUGGAGAAGACGCUGGGAAGAGAAUCAAGGGUUUGGAAAUGGAAAAUCUAGGGUUGAAGGGUGAGAUUGGGAGGUUAGGUGAGAAACUGAAUGCGGUUGAAAGCUUAUUGGAAAAUGGGAAGAAGGUUUCAAGGAAGAUUUCACUUGAGAGGGAUGAAUUGAAGAAUGAGGUAGACGCGAAAAUUGGGGAAGUUAAAAGGUUGCAGGACGCUUUGAAUGAAUUGGAGGGGGGAAAGGUGGAAAUGGUUCAAAGGAUUGAAGAGCUACGCAGUGCAUACGAUCUGGUUGUUGCAGAGAAAGAAGUUAUUGAUUCAAGAACCGAGUCCAUAACUAGGGAGAAACAAUCUGUGGCAAGGAGUUUGGAGGAGGCCAUUGCGCUGAAGGAGGAAUUGAACAAUGAAUUCGGGAGGGUUAUGAGAGAGAGAGAAUUGAUUGAAGUGGAUAGGAAUGCGGAGAUGGCGAAACGGGAAGGAUUGGAGAUUGUCGUCACUGGACUGAAUGAAACAGUAGCCUCGCUGCGAAAGGAAGAGGAGAAGCUGCGAUGGCACAUAGCUGAGUUGGAGAAGCAGUGCACUGAAGGCGAGGAGAGGCGUAGGGAUUUGAGUAGGGAGAUUGAUCAGUUGAUGGAAAAGAAGAAGUUGAGUGACAAGAAAGUUGAUCUGUUGUUUGUCGAGAAAAAUGUGAUGGAGAAAGAGUUAAGUGAGGUGAUGGAGAAAUUGGGUGAGCAGAAGGUCAAGAUCAAAGAAUUGGUUAAUGAAAAUCUCAUCGGUCUAGAGAUCAAGACCCAAUUGGAGGGUGAAGUAUGUGCCUUGCGUGAGCAAGUUGUUGAGCUCAAAGCUGCUUUUUUUCAGCUGGAGCAAUGCAAUCUGGUUGAAGGGGAGAAAACCAGGAGUUUAGAAUGUGAAGUUUCAGAGUAUAGAUGCAAGCUUGAGGCGAUUGAAUCAGAGAGGGAUGAAAUGGAGAAGCGCCUUGGUGAAGAGAAGGAGAAUUCUGUAAUGUUGAAGAAAGAAAUCAUAGAGUUGAAGAAUGAAGUAAAUGAAAGCAUUGGUGCAUUCGAAAACUCUAAGGCUGAGAAUGCAGCAGUACUUGCUGCCAAGGCCGAGCUAGAAAGCGAGCGCGAAAUGCUGAAGGGAAAAGUUGCUUCGCUGGAAAGUGCCAUAACAGAAACAAGAGAUAAAUUUGUUUCGAUGAAGAGCAAAGCAGACAAUGCCUAUGCUAAAACAGCACAGUUGCUGAAUAUGUUGAAAGGCGCUGUAGACUUUUGCUCUGCAGCAGAGAAUGUUGGGGAUGGCGGCAGCGACUCAGCUGGUGAUCAUAAGAAUGCUGAUGAUGAGGAAGAGAAGCUCUUAAUCACAGACUUGGAAUCGAUCAAGAACGCUUUCAGGGCUAAAGUAAGCCAAGUAGAGAACAUGAAGAGGCAAGUUGAGUUCUUGCAGGAUUCUGUGGAGGAUGCCCGCAAGAAGACGGGCUUUUGGGCCAUGUUGUCCUCGGCAACGACAUUCUUGGCUGCAGUUUCUCUCGCCUAUGUUACUCGCGGGCAUUGAUGCUUUGAAUUUUGGUUCGGAUUCUCUGGAUCCCUUGGAGAGGUACCGAAUGAGUUUUAGAACUAACGAUAAGCAAUAACCGAAGUUUACCUGGUUUUUGACUUCUUAUAUGCUGUUUUUUGUUACCUACAGCUUCAUAUAAGUGCUGAUUUUCAGUUCAUGUUGUUUUGAUGAUCUUUUGACACAUUCACUAUAUGAAAUGUUUCUGGAGAAUUGGUUUUGAUCAAAAGUUUUGAACCAAUGUCCUGUGUUCUAUGAAUUCAGAUUAAGUUCGAAUGGUAAAUUGCUGCUGUGAAAAUUUUGAU